AUGCUCGACUUCACUGCGAUGCCCACGGCUCUGGCCGUUCACGAGAUCUUGAACAACUACGGGAUAUGGGUUUUCAGCAUGCUGGCGACAUACGCCCUGUCUCUCUGGUGGCUACAGCCACCCAGCACGAUCCCGUUCUUUCAUGAUCGGAAACCUGGGGAGUUCUCUUUCAUGAAUUCGAAGAUCAGAUUCCUGACAUCUGGCGCGGAGGUGUUGAAGGAAUGUCAGGCCAAGGUAUUUACACUGAUUUUAGGUCCAUCGUGGGUUGAUUCGCUUGAGACUGAGAGGCGUCUGGUUCUUCCCGGCGAAUACACGGACGAGCUGAGAAACGACCCGCGAUUCAGUCAUACGAAGUCGCUUGAACUGGAUUGGUGUACCAAAUUACCUGGGUUUCAGCCAUUUUCGAACGGAUCAACUCACGGCAAGCUGGUUCAUGAUGUGGUCUUAAGACUGACUAGGGCCCUGCCACAGCUGACUACUACGAUACGUGAGGAGACUGCACUGGCUAUUCAAAAGCAUUGGACAGACGACGAGGACUGGCACGAUAUCACUCUGAACUCCACCAUGGUCCAAAUCAUUGCCCAGAUCUCCGCUCGCAUCUUUCUAGGAACAGGAAUCUGUCGUGACCAACGCUGGAUCGACACCGCCAUUGGAUAUGUUGAGCAUUCCUUCCAUGCCAUCCAGGCACUGCAAGCGUGGCCGCGCUGGUGCCACCGGAUCGUACACUGGGUGUUGCCGGGAUGUCGAGGACAGCGUGCAUAUUUCACCCGGGCAAGUGAGCUGCUGAUGCCAGUCAUCCUCAAACGCCGCCAGGCCCGGGCUGCCGCUGUAGCAGCCGGCCAGCACGCGAUGGGCGACUUUUUGCUACUCGACUACGUGGAGGACAUAGCGGCGGGCCCGAAUUACGACCCCGUGGUGUCCCAGCUAGGUUUGUCAUUUGCGGCCAUCCAUACCACAAGUGAUCUGGUGGGGAAGGUGCUGGUCGACCUCUGUCGCCAUCCUGACCUCAUUCCGCCGCUGCGCGAGGAAAUAAUCUCCGUGAUUCGGGAUUACGGCUGGCAGAAGACGAGUUUCCAUAAACUCAAGCUGCUGGAUAGUGUCAUGAAGGAAACACAGCGGUUAGCACCAAAUAUGAUCAUUACGAUGCGACGUGUUGCAACAGAGGAUGUCACGUUGAAAGACGGGACCCAUAUUCCCCGAGGCACCCCGGUCGCUAUAUCAUCCUCCCAUAUGUGGGAGGAUAGCGAGCUGUAUGACAAUCCAGAUCAGUACAACGGGUACCGAUUCGUCAAAUGGCGGGAGACGCCGGGGAAAGAGAGCAAGGCUUACAUGGUAACCACCAGUCCGGAUCAUGUGGGAUUUGGCCACGGCAGUCAUGCCUGUCCCGGUCGCUUCUUUGCUGUGAACGAGUCCAAGAUAGUUCUGUGUCAUCUGCUGUUAAAGUAUAAUUGGCGCUUAGUGGACCCAGAGCAGCCUGGGUUCCAGAUCAUCGGACUGUUCUCGCAUGUCAACCCGAUGUUGAAACUUCAAAUUCAGAGGCGGAAAGAGGAGAUUCCUCUGUAG